UUCUAGAGUAAUUCACCAAAAAUAAUAUAAAAUGAUUGUAAAAGCAAUGCGUAUGCUUUUAACGCACACGGCGAGUGGAAAAUGUGAGCAGCUUUAACGCCGCAUAACCAACUGGAUACCCAAUACCGAAGAUGGUAUUUUUCGUAUAGUUAAUUUGACAAAGUUUCCAAAUGGCGUUCAAUUAUGGGAAUUUGGCCGAUAAUAUGUUACCAGUUUUUGGGAGCAUGCCAAACGGCGUCAGCUUGCCAAAUCAUCCGAAUUUUAUCAAUCAAUUGGCGGCUGCCAUUACAACCGCCACGGUGGGUGUUGCCACGCCCACAGCAACAAAUAGCAGCAGCGGAACAGCUCAAACAACCGCUGCAACACCAAAUAAGACAACAACAACAGCCAGCGGCAAGAUGAAGCCGCACAGCGCGCAGGGCAGUGCCCCAAUGGAUUUGGAGAAUGAGAAUGAAAUCGAUGACUCCGACGUGAUUGGGCCUGUCAAGGCCGGCGAUAAGCUACCGCCCGGCACAGCAUUAACGCUGCCCGAUGCCGCCCAGCAACUGUAUUUGAAUGGUCUGAUGCACACGCCACCCGGCUACUUGUACUUUCCGAGUGCACAGAACGCUGCAGCAGCGGCCGCAGCUGUUGUGGCAGCCACACCCAGUGGCUCAACAACUGCGUCAGGGAAUGCGAGCAAUUCGAAUGCCCAAAUGCUGAUGGAUCCCUCGGCAAUGAUGGCAGCUGCCAUGCAACAAAUGCAGCAUAAUUAUGCCGCUGCGGGCUAUGUGGCUGCAGCAACAGCGGCUGGCAUGCCCACCGAUGCUGCGGGAACAGGAUUGGAUGGCACUCUAGCAGCGGACGGCUCCACGGCUGGACUGAAGGAGGUAAUUAAGACAAAGAACUGCAUUUUGUUCCCACCCAAUCCGAAUGCGCCGCCACCCACAAUACGCGAACGUCCGCCCGGCUGUCGUACGGUGUUCGUGGGCGGCCUGCCCGAGAACAUUACGGAGGAAGUGAUACGUGAGAUAUUCGAAUCGUGUGGUGAGAUAACCACACUUCGCAUGUCCAAGAAGAACUUUUGCCACAUACGCUAUCGCCAUGAGGCGGCCAUCGAUCGUGCCAUUUACCUAUCCGGCUACCGACUGCGCAUCUCCAGUCUAAAUGAGCCACCCAACUUUGGGCGGCUGCACGUGGACUAUGCGCAGGCGCGAGACGAUCAAUAUGACUACGAGUGCAAGCAGCGCCAAUUGCAACGGGAGCAGCGUCAUCGCGAACGGAUGUCAUUGGAUCGCAUGCGUUCGCAAUCGCCGCCGCCGAUACCACACUAUACAGAUCACGAGGCCACCGCGGUGGCGGAGCAUCUGCGCAAUAACGAGACAUUUGUAAAAGCCAUACAAACAAUUACCACAUGGCUGGAGCGUGGCGACUGCACCAAGCGCAAUGCCAACGUCUUCUACUCCAUGAUACAGAGCACACACGCGCACGUGCGUCGCCUGCACACGGACAAACAGCAGCUGGAGGAGGAUCUGCGCAAGGCACGGGAAUGCUAUCGCAAGCAAAUGGGCACCAUGUCCACGCAGUUCACUCAGAUUGAAAAAGUGUUCAAUGCCGCUAGUCACAAGAAGGUUUGGGACCAUUUCACCAAAGCCCAAAGAAAAAACAUCGACCAAUGGAAGAAAUUAGCCACGGAACUGCGAACGGUCCAAAUCGACGACGAUGAAAUGGAAAUCUCGGACGAUGAACGCGACUACGACAAGCGCCCCAAACGUACCCGUUACGACAGCGAUGGACUCAAGGACGAAAAUGACUCGCUACGCUGUCAAUUGGAGGCCAUGCGCAAUGAGAUGUCUGUGGAGCGCAGCGAUUGCCAGCAGCGUGAGAAGCAGAUCAAAGUGUUGCAAGAGACCAUACGCAACAUGCAGACGCAGCUGUUGCAAACGAAGCUGCGCGAACAAAAGGACUCCAAAACCAUCGAGCAGCUCGAGCGUAACCUUAAGGAGGCGGGCGUUAAGCAGCUGCUGCUCAAGACAAAAAUCAAGGAGACUGCGGAUAAACUAAAAGACAGAGAAACCUACGUCUCGAACUCAUCGAAUGCUGAUUUCAGCAGCGGUGACUCGUGUAGCCGAAAUGCGGAAGAUGUGCGGUCGGCAGGGAAGAAGGAGUUUCCAUCUGUUGCUCUGGAUCUAGAAAUAAUCGAUAUUGAUAAAGUAGACGACGAUGUGCGCAUUAUCGAGCAUCAAAGCGGCGUUGUUGAAAUUCAUGAGAUCGAGGACGAUGAGAAGCUCGAGCCAACAACAGAACCACACAAAGCUAUUGACGAUGAAGCCAAGCAAUUGCCCAUAUCCGAGAAUAGUCCUAAGUCUGAUGUUGUGGAGCCAGUUGUGGAAUCAGUGCCGACACAAAAGAGCAAUAUGAUGUCGCUGGCUAUGGUUGAGGCUAAAAUAAUAGCGUUAACCUCCGCUUUUCUGGUAUUGCAUCCCCAUGGCGUGGACAUUGCCAGCAUUGCUAGCUAUUUGCGGGGCAUGCUACUUAAAUCGCUGCAGCUAAGGAGCAACGAUGAACUCGCAAAUGUACUCACUAAAUAUACCAAUCUCUUCAAGUCUGAGCAGUCCAAGUGGAGUUUCUGUGGUUUUACCGACGAGCCUUUGGAUGCAAAUGCAAACAGAGCGUUAACAGCAACAAGAACAAUUUAAUGCUUUAAUUAAGUUACAACUAUUGUAGUGACUAGUGGUAAGGGAGGAGCGCAAAGUGACAUUUUAACCAAAAAUAUGUUUGAUGCAAUCACAUAAAUGAGACCAGUUUUCUAAGAGCAUACAUUUGCAGUUAAUUUAAGCUAUAAGGAAAUAAAUCUAUACAUACAUACACACACACACAAACAGCAACAAUUAUGACAACAACA